UUUUUCGCUCUUCUAAUUAAUUUCAACUUGUUCCAGGAAAAUUUCAAAAAAUGGCGGGAUUUCUCGGAAUGACGGCAGCGAGCGAGCAUUUGGAAAGCCAUCCCGUUAACAUCAGUCGAGACCAGUGGCAUCAUAUCCACUUCUCUCGCUUCUUCACCAAUCGCAACCCUUCUCUCUCAUCCACUUGCCCCUCUCUGGUUCCACUCCAACGCCGUUAUCGGUCAACACAUGGCACUUGGAUCUCCACUUCGUCUCCCGCCGCUUCUUUGCUCAUCAACAACCGCUCCACCUGCAAUCCCAUCCUCUACGUCUAUUUACAGGAUAAAAUCCUUGAAGAGCACUACGUUUCCAAGUUGCGGUUCUCCUGGCCUCAGGUCUCAUGCAUCUCGGGAUUUCCUGCCAGGGGUAGCAGAGCUUUAUUUGUGAGCUACCGAGAUUCUGAAGGCGAGAUCCAGAAGUUUGCCUUGCGAUUUCCAACAAAUUAUGAAGCUGAGACAUUCAUCAAUGCUUUGAAGGAAAUAUUCAAUAGCGAGGAAGAAACAGAACCUCUAAGCAGUGACUUCCGAUCUGAAAUUUCAUCUCGUUCUGACUUCGUGUCUUCUAAUAGACCUCAAGUUUGUGAGGAAUUGAGUAUUAUAGAUCCUGUUGACACUUAUACUCCUGAAAUGCCACCAAACUUGAGUAACGAAGUUGAGCAACCCCAUUACACCCAGGAAAUCAAGGUUAAUCACAACUUCGAAGUCAUUUCUCCAGCAAUGCCUCCUAGCUUCCAGUCUUUACUGGCUAACUGCUGCCCUGAGGUCAAGAAAGCUGAAGCUCAUCCAACUGUAAAUGAGGAAGCUGAUCUCAAAGCUCAAAUUGCGAGAUAUAUGGAAGAUUCAUCCUUCCAAGAUAUGUUGUUUAAAGUGGAUAAAAUCAUCAGCGAGAUGAGAGGUGAUUUGACGCUGUAGUUCUGUGGUUUGCAUUUUACUUUCAAUGCACUUCACUGCUUUGGUUCUCUCUCUUUUGUCUAAAGCUUGUCUUCCGUACAUACAGCUCAAGCCAUGUUCAUGUUAGCAUCUUUUAGGAAUGAAUUGUCAAGUAGUCGGACUCCAUUAAAUAAAUGACCUUGCCUUUACAGCA